CUGUAGUGCGCGCCUGGCUGACUCUUCCGUCCACACUGACGCUUUUGGGCAGGAGAAGAGCGGGUUGUCAGGGGCCGGGAAGUUGUCCGCGGGUCAUGCACUGCACGCAAGUCAGGGCGCGGGGAGCAACUAGGCUGUCUCUUGUAGCCUUCAUCUUUUACAUUUCGUUUUCCUCCUCUCUUCGAGUGGCGGAAGACGGAGGGCGCCGCACGGUUUCGUCGUCAGCUCUAUAACGUCGAAACCUCGUCCACUUCUCUCGGUCUGCCCCGCCCCACUGCUACUCUUUCUCCCAACACAUCUCCAUCGCUUCGGGUCUCGGGGGGACACGGGUUGCAACUGCACGCAGCUUUGCUGUACCAUCUUCCUUCCUUGAGGUAGGCCUUCCUCAAGACUUUGUAUCGGGCCCCUUCAUCUGCCGCUAAGUGAGCUUCAAGCACACAUUCGCGAUGGGGCUCACUAUUUCUAAACUGUUCCACAAGCUCUUUCAGAAGAAGGAGAUGCGUAUCUUGAUGGUUGGUCUGGAUGCGGCCGGUAAGACGACGAUUUUGUACAAGCUCAAACUUGGUGAAAUUGUCACCACCAUUCCUACGAUAGGUUUCAACGUUGAAACAGUGGAGUACAAGAACAUCAGCUUCACUGUGUGGGACGUCGGGGGUCAAGAUAAGAUCCGUCCCCUGUGGAGGCACUAUUUCCAGAAUACGCAAGGACUCAUUUUCGUUGUCGACAGCAACGACAGGGAUCGUAUUGUCGAGGCCCGUGACGAGCUUCAACGCAUGUUGAACGAGGACGAGCUGCGCGAUGCCGUACUCUUGGUGUUCGCAAACAAACAGGAUCUGCCAAAUGCUAUGAAUGCUGCCGAAAUAACAGACAAGCUCGGACUUCAUUCCCUUCGACAGCGCCACUGGUACAUUCAGAGCACUUGUGCCACCUCUGGAGAAGGGUUGUACGAGGGACUUGACUGGCUGUCCAGCAACAUUGCAAAUAAGGGUUAAGAAGCGGCGUUGUGGAGGUGCGGCAUUGUCGAGGGAAUUGGUUUCGGUUGUGGAAGUAGGGGUCGGGACGAUCACCAGAGGACUGAUGGUGGCUCUGCAAUUGGAAGAGGGGUAAAAGUAGUUUGUCGGUCAGUCUAUCACAGUGGGGGCUGCAAUAGGAGACGAGUGGUGGUGGAAACGGGAGGGGGGUGGUCGGACGCCCGGAUGGGGAGUGGGAGAGCAGGGAGAGAAGUGCAGCUACGGCUCCCAGUUAGGACGAAAUUUUUGUUUAUUCGUGGCUGGCGGGAAAUGUGCGUCUUCCUUGAGCUGCCGUCGGGGGAAAGAGCAUGAUUACGCGUCGUGCCUUGCGCUGGUUAGCUCUGUGGUGAGUUGUCCCCGCCGGUCCUUGGUUGUAGGAUUGCCUUGUAGGAUGAUGGGGUUGAUAUCCUCGAUACCUCGGAGAGGAUGAUAAUUCAGGGGAAAUGGAAGAGACGAAGGACGAGGAGGAGGAUGUGUGGUUAAUGCGAAAGAGUGAGUGCUACUGCUGCCGCUGCUGUUUUUCUUUUGCUCGGGUCCCUUGAUGGUAUUGCCUGUGUGGAGGUAGGUUCAUUUAGGGAUAAUGGAGAUGUUUUGUUUUUUUUGUUUGUGAAAGGGUGAGGAGGGGAGUUCGGUGGGGAAGGGAGGCGGGCCGGGCGAGAUGAUGUCGAUGCAGAUUAUGAAUGGACGGAGGAAGGAGGGGGGGGUGGAGGGGGCGAAUGGAGGGGUGACGGCGAGAACGGGGGGGCAGGAGAGGAGGGGGUAAUGCCCAUUCAUUGGACUCAACGUGCAAAGUAAUCAAAUCGCCGUUUCAUAUUUUGCAAUAAGAUUUUUGCCGAUGAAAGGCCGUGGAUGGUGCGUUUUUCCUUUGUAGGAGGGAAUGCCUCGACUUCGUUUCGUAUUGGGAUAUUUAGCCGUCGAGAGUACGAGAUGUUUGAUGAGGAAGUGGCGAUGAGGUUCGGUUUUACCUUUUCUGCUUCUCUUCCCUCGAUCCAUUGAAAGCUCGUGGCAUUUAUUUCAUCCAACAAGGCGGUGCGAGAUAGUCUUAGAGGCCAAUGUAGUUUAAGUUGGAUGUUUGGGAACGUGUGGAAAUCAGGUAAUUUCCUUUUUGUUCAUGUUCUUGCCCUCUUGAGGCACAGGCGUUAAGCCACUGCCUAUCUCAUCUGGAAACCAUUCUCCGCUCUAUCUAAUCUUUAAUUGUCUAAUUUUCGGAGGAAUUUCCAAUCACUGCAAACCUUUGUUUUCGUCUCUGUGCUUAUGUCAUGUACCUCGUUCCUCUGGUCCCGAAAGCCUUGCUCCGUCUGCGUGCGGCUCCAGAAAGCCUUGCUGUCUGGGAGUCGUUGAAUGGAAACGAGGGUCAUAUAUGUUGCGUGAUUCUGUUGUCUUUUUUGAGAAGUUGAUAAAUGGCCUCGUCUCGU